AUGAAAGAGCAUGUUCGUCGAGUUCAGGAGAAAGAAAUUCAUUAUCAUUAUCUUAGUCACAAAAUUCAAAAUGAAUUUAUUCUUCGAAUAGCAGAUGAGAUUAAAAGUUUAAUCAUCCAAAAGAUUAAAGAAGCAAAGGACUUUUCUGUUAUUCUUGAUUGUACUCCGGAUACAAGCCAUGAAGAGCAAAUGCCACUUAUAUUAAGAUGCAUGAAUAUUUCAACAAGCCCAAUAAAGAUGGAGGAGUUCUUUUUAGGAUUUUUAAAGGUGGAUGAUACAUCAGGACGAGGACUUUUUGAAGAACUUGUAAAUAUUUUGCAAGAGCUUAAACUUGAUAUUGGUGAUGUAAGAGGACAAGGGUAUGAUAAUGGUUUUAAUAUGAAAGGAAAACAUAAAAGUGUAAAAAGAAGAUUAUUAGAGAUAAAUCCUAGAGCAUUCUACACAUCUUGUGGUUAUCAUAGUCUUAACCUUGCACUUUAUGAUAUGGUAAACUCUUGUUCGCAAGCUUCAUCUUUUUUCGGAGUGGUGCAGCGCAUAUAUUCAUUGUUUGCAUCUUCUACAAAGCGGUGGAAAGUUCUUACAGAUAAUGUUAAAGGUUUCACACUUAAGUCACCAUCACAAACUCGUUGGGAAGGUCAAGUUGAAAGUGUUAAAGAAAUAAGAUUCCAAGCUCCAGAUAUAAGAGAUGUUUUGAUUUACUUAGCAAGUUCUAGUGAAGAUCCCAAGACAAAAAGUGAUGCUGAGUACUUAGUAACAUAUGAAAUUGAGAAUUUUGAGUUCUUACUUGGUAUGGUUAUUUGGUUUUAUAUUUUGAAUGCUAUUAACAAAAUAAGUAAAAUCAUGCAAUUAGAGGAUAUGCAGAUUGAUGUUGCUAUAGACCUUUUAAGAGGGCUCAUUUCUUUUUUUGAAAGCUACAGAGAAAAUGGAUUUGAAGUAACUAUGGUUGAGGCUAAAAAAAUUGCAGUUAGAAUAAAAGUUGAACCCAUUUUUCAUGAACGUUGCAUCAUUCGUAGAAAGAAACAUUUUGAUGAAAAUGCUAAUAAAGAGAUGGCAAUAACAGCUGAAGAAUCCUUUAGAGUCAAUUACUUCAUAUAUAUCGUUGAUCAAGCUCUUUCUUCACUCAAGAGUAGAUUUGAAUAG